AUGGGAUUUGUUAUUGAAAUAUUGAAAUAAUAAAUCAAUGCAUAGUGAUGGAGGACAGAAAAUCUCUUCGUGUAAAGAUCAUAAGCAUGGGUGCAGCAGAGACAGGGAAGAGCUGUCUGAUAAAGCGUUUCUGUGAGAAGCGAUUUGUCACCAAAUAUAUGGCCACACUCGGGAUCGACUUUGGUGUGUCCAAAAUCAAGAGUAGUGACUGCGACAUCAAAGUUAACAUAUUUGAUAUGGCUGGACAAUCCUUCUUCGCAGAGGUACGAAAUGAGUUCUACAAAGAUACGCAAGGAGUGAUGCUCGUGUAUGAUGUCACAAAUCGAUCUAGUUUUGAUGCCCUGAGUGAUUGGCUAAUAGAAAUACGUAAUAAUCUACCCCAACCCUCGGAUAUGGAUUCUGUUGUGUUUAUUGUCUGUGCCAAUAAGGUUGAUCUUGGAGGCAAGCGUAAAGUAGACACCUCUGAGGGCAAGCUCUGGGCAGAGACUAAAGGUUUCCACUACUUCGAAACUUCAGCCCAGAGUGGGGAGAAAGUUCAAGAUAUGUUUGAAUGUUUGAUUCACACUGUAGCGAGUGUUUUGACAAAGGGAGGGAAGCCAGGAGCAGCCAGUAUGGAGAGAGGGUACAGUCUUGAGCAAGCCUCUUUGGUGACAAGAAUAAGAGCUUGUCCUGAUAACUAUGAGAUGCUUGGCGUGUCUCGAGUAAGUAGCAGGGAUGAGGUUAAUAAGGCAUACAAACAUCUUGCCAUCCUGCUCCACCCUGACAAGAAUUUGGCUCCAGGGAGUGAUGAAGCAUUCAAGGCAGUAGCUAAAGCCAGAGAAGAACUGCUAAAGAAUAGACAGUUAGAAUUGGACAAUUUCAAUUUUUAAUUCAUAUUAUUAUGUGUUCAAGAGUUUACAAGAGAUAUUGUAUGCAUACAUGUACAACAAUAAUUUUAUUCUGCAAAAAAUAAUGUCAUUCAGCUUAGUGUUUUUACAAGUUCAAUGCUUCUUCUAAAGCUUUCAAGAGUUGGUCAAUAAAUGCAGAUGCCUCACAUGAAGCUCGAAUAACCUGCCCAUUUGUCACAUCUAGUACACAUUCCUCAUCAUCUUCACAGGAGAGAUCGUCACAACUUCUUGGUGGCAAUCGAAAGGGGCUAAUACAGAUGGUUCCAAUUUGAGCAUUGCUGAUUCUAGUAUCGGUACAGGUUGUGUUUCCUUGACAAGCAGUGCGGCCACCAGUGCAAGUAGUUUCUUGUUCCUGCUUAAUACGUUCAACUGGGGCACACGAGUGACUAAUUUCCGUCUCUGCUAAAAAUUGGGAGCUCGAAACCACACAAGUGUCUUCUUCAUCGGCACAUUCAGUGUCUUGACAGUUGAUCUGAGUGCAAUGAGCAAAACCACGAUAAUCGUCUUGUUGGAAAUCAACACAGGCCUCGUUUUCACCACAAAAAUCGUCAGGCACAGAAUCACAGGUUGCAAUCUGACUAACAACACUAAGUUGGGCCUUUGGUAUGCACACAGAGAUCAUAGAAGAGUCUUCUGGUAUGAAUUUCCCGGAACACACUUCAUCAUCAGGACACGUAACUUCACUGCAUGAUUGCAAAGCUAGUGUUGGGUCUAGACAAGUAAGAAUUUGGUCUCCUUCAAGCCUGUUAAUUAUCGUUAGCUUGCAACGAUCCUCGUUAAACGGACAACGGAAGCUAAGUGGUAUAUCGGGGACACCAACAAUAGCACACACACGAGAGUCAGGACAUUUCACUUCAUCACACUUAAUCGGUAGUCGGCAUUUAGGGCCUUCACUAUCUUCAAUACAAAGCAUACCAACAGCCUCACAAUUCAGGUUCUCACAGCUUUGCGGUCGUGGUCGUUCCUUAACACAGCGAGCCCUCUGCCUGCCUUCUCCUCCAAACAGCAUACAAAUGAGGCUAUCACCACAGUCCAAUUCGCUACAAUCUCUUGGGCGUUUUGGUUGAGUACGCCUCGGAACACAGCGUACUAUCGGAUGUUGUUCAUCUCGUGGUCGGAAAUGGCAUUCCAUUCCUCUAUCGCAAGGCCCUAAUUCGUCACAGGUCGCCGGUCGAAAAUCAACGCACCUUGCUGUUGGUCCAAUCCUAAAGUCAAAAAUUUGACAUAUCAUUCCAGGGCCGCAUUGCACUACACUGCAGUCACUAGGAGGGCUUGGUCUUGGGGGAAGCACACAUGCAGCUCUAAUGUGCUGUCUACAGCCGGGUUUGUCUUCUGGGCAGCUUGCUGGGAAUACUUCUUCCACACAGGUACGACGCUCAGGGCAAGAUUUUUCAUCACAGGUUUCAGUGACACAGUUAGUUAUCUCCUCGUCUGUUUGUUGUGGGCGAAAAAAUGUAGCUCGACACUCCCCGCAGUUAUUGGGGAUGCACAUUGCGUUGAGGAAUCGUCGACAAACAGCACCAUCGCAUGGGUUUCUGAGGCACUCCACUUGAUUUGGGCAGUCAGUUUG